AAAAUGUCCAGUAUCUUCUUAUUCCUAUUAUUAUUGGUUGCUAGUAAUGAAGGAGCAACAGGAGGAGGAGUAUGUACUGAAGGAUUCAUGGACUUGAGUCUACUAGUAGCUAAAGCAGCUACACCAGUUGGUUCACUAGCUGAUAAUACUUUAGCUGAGGACAAUGAAGGAAGAUGGCUCAUUGCCUUUGAUACAUUCAAUUGUAGUACUGCUACUGUGACUGAAGUUCUUCUUGGAGUUGAUAUCAGAUCAGUAUAUGGAAAUAGGAACAAGUAUCCUAGCAUUGAGGCAUGGUAUUAUGAUGGUAGUUCUACUUACCAAAAAGUACUUACUCUUCCUAUUGUACUGUCUCCUGAUAAUGUCACUACAAAUGGAUUAUAUCGUUACAUUCUUCCUACUCCUAUUAGUGUAAGUGGCAGUAAUCGUGAUAAUUACAGACUAGGAGUGUAUCAACCUGAAGAUGAUUCAAGUGUUGUUAGACUUUACAAUGCAACCACUAGCAGCACAGAAAGAGUUGGAAGGAUAAGAGCAGACUCCAUUAGCGAGUCAAAUAUCAGAGUAACUGGUUCAAAUAGAGAAGCUGAUUUUCAGAAUACAAAUAAUGUCUUUAUGCUACGUCUAAACACAAAUCCACCGAAUU